AUGUUCUCGUGCCCGUUCUUGAAGAAAGCGCCCGCUGCAUUCUUCCAAAAGGAACAACAAACUCUCUUGACCACUGCUCUGCGAUGCCCGUUCGCGCAGCGUCUGCUCUCACAGCUGCCAGCUCAGCCUGUCCGGGCCAUGCAGACUGCUGCUGCUGCCGCGACGGAGAAGUGUGAAAGGCCGUACCCGCCUGUUUGCGAAGAUGGUGAGUUGUGGUCACAACUAGCACAACGCACAGAUCCGCUUUUCUUGGCUGGAUUAUUGCUCUCUGUUAAGUUCUCAAGCCCUCUCCGCUUAUUUACCGUACAGUUUUUAAAAUUAAAUUUAGGCGCCUCCAAGAUUCCCACCACAUGCGCCCUCUUCCCCUGCUCCAAUCACGACGCCCCGAGACCGAUUUACGCCAACGCUGUUUCGUCUCCUUCUGCUGCUACGUCAGUUCAUAAGACACCAGGGAGCAAGCGGAAGUUCUUCGACUUUGAUGAGUUCUUUGCGGAUCAAAUUGACAAAAAGAGGUCAACCUCAACGUAUCGGGUCUUUAGGCGCAUCCUACGGGAUGCGAACGAAUACCCAUUCGCUGAUGAGUUCUCCAAUGAUGAACGUCGCCGAAUCACCGUCUGGUGUUCUAAUGACUACCUAGGGAUGAGCAGGCAUCCCAAGGUCCAGGAGUCGGCAAGGUGGGCUUCUAGUUAUACGGUGUCACAACCUGGUGCAUGA